GUCACAGUGCUCAGCGCAACCAGAAAUCAAAAUCCAAAAUGACAAGUCACGUGAGCAGCAGCGGCGCGAGAAGGAGAGAGAGACCUAAACGGAUUAGCGGCUGACUUUGUCUGAGAAAUUUUGGGUAAAAAUGCGCCAAGAAUAUGAAGUGAGAAGAAUAUGAGUGUCGUAUUGCCCGCACAGCGGAUCUUUAUUUAGGGGUUAAAUGGUUCUGAUAAGGGACGAUCGAGAUGGAGGGGUCUCCUAUUCCGUGAAGAUAACUCAAGUGCAGCAUAAGAGUGAGAGUGAGGACGGCUCGGAGGCCGAGGCCGCCCCGGUGCAGAAGAGCCCCGAUGAACCCGCAUCGGAGGGGGAAUCCCUCGUCUUCGGCCAUGCAGAUAAAGAAGAUGAUGAUGAUGACUAUGAUGACGACGACGAUGUCUAUCAGGAGUUUGAGGAGUAUGAAGAUUUCUCAGGGUUCCCCGACAGCAGGAGCAUCGCUUCUGAUGACUCCUUUUACCCUCCUGAUAACUCGAUCGGGUUGCCGCGAUCGGCGUCUCCGGAGAGCAUCUCCUUCUUCCGCGCAUGCUGCACUAAUAACGCCGUCAUCGUGCGGAUCAUGAUCAGGCAGGGGCUGUCGGAGGAAGACGUCCGGGAGACCGAUCGCAACAGCAGGACGGGAUUGAUAGUAGCCUGUUACCAAGGCUACCUGGACGUGGUCAUAGCUCUGGCGCAGUGCCCUUAUUUGGAUGUCAACUGGCAGGACAAGGAAGGAAACACUGCCCUCAUCACAGCUGCUCAGGCAGGACACACAAUGAUCUCCCACUAUCUGCUCAACUACUUCCCCGGCCUGGACAUCGAGAGGAGAAACUGCCAUGGCUUCAGCGCCUUGAUGAAGGCCGCCAUGCAGGGCAGGGCAGAAUGCGUCCGGGCCUUGAUGCUAGCAGGGGGCGACAUGGAGGCUAGGGACUAUGGGCGGAAGCUGACCCCCCAGGAGUGGGCCCUGUUCACAGGCCGCUACGAGACAGCCCGCGUCAUGGCACGACUGAUGGCUCGGCCAUGCGCUGAGCAGUUCUGCGACGCAUACCGGCUGGAGUGGCCACAGCUGGCGGAGCGCGUGUCCACGGCGCGCGAGAAUGGCAGCUGCCUGCGACGGCUGGCCGAGACCCUUUGCUGCUCCCUGCGGCUGGCCUUCUGCGUGCGGACGGCCCCACAGCAGGAUGGCGUGCUGGACCACAUGGUGCGCGUCACCACUGCUCUGAGCAGCCCUUUCAUAGCCACAGCAUGCCGCACUGUGUGCCCGGGCAGCCCACCCUGUGUGGGCAAGCACCGGCCUGCCGUGCAGGAGAUCCUGCGCCGCCAGAGGCAGGACGAGCUCAGGGGCCGAGGCCCCAUGCAUCUCACCCAAUACCACCGACUCUUCCAGAACUCACGCGUCCUACUUGUACCUCGGGCUCAGGAGCGGCGCACCAGCCUGCAGCCGCUGCGCCAGGCAGCUGCCACCUCCGCUGGGGCGCUGCGCAGGAGCAGCCUGAUGCCACUGCAUUUGGUGCGGCGCAGCAGUGUGCGCCCCGGCCUGGCAGUGCCCCGCCUGUUCGUCUCCAAGGCGCCUGUCGCCACAUGCGAGCCCAAGAAGGUCCGCACCACUGACUCGCACCUCUUGCAAGUGCCCAGGUGGAAGUACAAGGAGCUGAAGGAGGAGAGGAGGAGGGUCGAGGGGAGCAACACAGGGGGGAGGCUGGAGCCCCUCGCUCAACGUCUGAGCAGCAGGAGGGAGAACUGACCACGAUCGAAGUGGAAUCAACGAUUAACCUCAAAGAGGAACCAGGGAACAACUUACUGUGAUUCACUUGACCAGCAGAAAACAAAACAAAACAAAACAAAA